UGCAGACGGUUAAGCACAAACUGUUGCAGCAAUACUGUCGCAUGUGAAUGUUCUAUUCUUCAUAUGAAAAUACGCUAUGGUGAAUUGCUUAACCAAUAUCGUCAGAAUUAUAUACAGGCACAUACACAGUACAAAGUUCAAUUAUUUGUAUGCCUUCUAGAGGGCGUGAUUUCAAGUCAAAUUACACAUGGGCUCGACAAACGGUGCAGUCUGACUACGCUGAAAUUUGCUGCGCUCUAGGGAGCAGUACUACAGUGCAAGGACAGAAGAGCUUUGUUGUGCAUCUAGGCAUUAAAAUGGCUGGGAAGGAAAACCUGGACCAUCUGUUAUUUUACGUUAACGGAAAAAAGAUCGAAGAGAAGAAUGUAGAUCCAGAGAUUAUGCUUCUGUCGUACGUCAGAGAAAAAUUAAGGCUGACUGGGACCAAGUACGGCUGUGGUGGUGGAGGGUGUGGAGCUUGUACGGUGAUGGUGUCCCGGUACCAGGUUUGGACUAAAACCAUUACCCACAUCUCAGCUAAUGCCUGCCUGCUACCGGUAUGCCAGCUCCACGGAGCUGCCGUGACAACUGUGGAGGGCAUUGGAAACUCCAAAACCCGGAUCCACCCGGUCCAGGAGCGCAUAGCCAAGGCCCACGGGUCUCAGUGUGGGUUCUGCACCCCGGGGAUGGUGAUGUCCAUGUACACCCUGCUGAGGAACAAGCCGCAGCCCACCCUGGAGGACAUCACUGAAGCACUGGGGGGUAAUCUAUGCCGAUGCACUGGAUAUCGUCCCAUUAUCGAUGGCUACAGGACAUUCUGUGGGGCUCCUGACUGUUGCCAAAUAAACGGUAAAGGAAAAGAUCACAUGAAUGGAGAUGAUUCGGAGAAUGGAUUAGAAAAUGGACAUCCAGAGCUGUUUGAGAAGGAGCACCUAGCGCCUGUGGACCCCACGCAAGAGCUCAUCUUUCCCCCAGAGCUCAUUAUGAUGGCGGAGAGCGGGGAACAAAUAACUCACACCUUCACUGGAGAGAGGAUCACUUGGGUGUCACCUGUGACUCUGGAAGAACUGAUAAAGCUCAAGUCCAGCUAUCCCAGAGCCCCCAUAGUCAUUGGAAACACCAACAUUGGACUGGACAUCAAGUUUAAAGGUGUCCUGCACCCCAUGAUCAUAUGCCCCAGCAGGAUUACAGAGCUCUGUGAGGUGACCCGAAUGCCACAGGGGGUGUGUGUUGGAGCAGGCAGCAGUCUGUCUGCAGUAAGGGCUCUGAUGGAGGAGCUGGUCCAGGAGCUCCCUCAUGAGCAGACGGAGGUGUUCAGAGCCUUGCUCCAGCAGCUGAAGAACCUGGGAGGGCAGCAGAUUCGCAAUGUGGCCUCUCUUGGAGGAAACAUCGUUAGUGCCUACCCAAACUCGGACCUGAACCCUGUCCUUGCAGCUGGGAGGUGCAUCCUUCGUGCCAUAUCAGAGAGAGGUGAAAGAGAAAUUCUUCUGGAUAAAGAUUUCUUUGUUGGUUUUGCCAAAACCACUCUGAAGCCAGAUGAAGUCGUCCUGUCCGUUUUCAUCCCGAUUUCGAAACAGGGGGAGUUUGUGAGAGCAUACCGUCAGGCUCCCCGCAAGGAGAAUGCCCUUGCCACAGUUACCACGGGAAUGCGGGUUAAGUUCUUCAAGGGCACCACCAAGGUUGAAGACCUCAGUAUUUACUAUGGCGGCGUGGGACCCUGCACAGUAGAGGCUACCAAAACCUGCCAGGAAGUCAUCGGCCGGCCCUGGAAUGAGGAGACGUUGAACCGUGCCUACAGGCUCCUCCUGGAUGAGAUAGCCUUGCCCCCUUCAGCUCCAGGUGGGAAGGUUGAGUUCCGGAGGUCCCUCACUCUCAGCUUCCUCUUCAAGUUCAACCUGGAGAUGCGCAAGCAGCUCCAAGAGAUGGAUGCCAUGCUUGACGAUAGUGUGGGUGAAGUGUCCAGCGCUGUCCGUCCUCUUCCCAAGGAGCUGCAGCUCUCUCUCCAAAAAUUUCAGGACGUGUCCCUGGGCCAGCUCGAUCAGGACCCUGUGGGGCGUCCCAUCAUGCACCGCUCUGCCAUCAGCCACGCUACUGGAGAGGCAGUGUACUGCGAUGACAUCCCCAAAUCACAGGGGGAGCUGUUCCUAGCAGUGGUGACUAGCACCAGGGCCCAUGCAAAGAUUAUAAAGAUAGAUUUCAGUGAAGCUCUGAAGCUGCAGGGGGUGGUGGACGUUAUCACGGCCAAGGACAUCCCAGGCAGGAAGUUACGCACUUUCGCUGGCAUCCAAGAGGAGCUGUUGGCUGAAGAGGAGGUCACCUGCGUAGGUCAGAUGAUAUGCGCAGUUGCCGCGGAUACCAAGCAGCAUGCCAAGCGAGGGGCGGCAGCAGUGAAGAUCACGUAUGAAGAUCUGCCAGACACAGUGUUCACCAUGGAGGAAGCAAUGGAGAAAAAGUCUUUCUUUAAGCCUCUGAGGACAAUAGAGAGAGGCUGUGUGACAGAGGCCUUUGGGAAGGCAGACCAAGUACACAAGGGACAGAUUCAUCUGGGUGGCCAGGAGCACUUCUACAUGGAGACACAAAGUGUUCUCGUGGUUCCCUCUGGAGAAGAGAAGGAAAUGAAGGUUUACCUGUCCACUCAAUACCCCGCCUUAGCCCAGGACUCUGUUGCUGAAACACUGGGCAUUCCCUCCAACCGAGUAUAUUGCCACGUGAAGAGGAUGGGUGGCGGCUUUGGUGGCAAAGUCACAAAGACUUCCACUUUGGCUGCCAUCGCUGCUUUAGCAGCCUGGAAAACAGGGCAGGCAGUGCGCUUUGUUCUGGAAAGGGGGGAUGACAUGCUGAUAACUGGGGCUCGACAUCCAGUCCUGGGAAAGUACAAAGUGGGCUUCAUGAACGAUGGGAGGAUAAUAGCUGCGGACUUGCAGUAUUAUGCCAAUGCCGGGCACACUGGGGACGAGUCCGUCUUGGUCAUUGAGAAGAUUUUGCUCCAUUUGGACAAUGCUUACAACGUACCAAAUUUGCGUGGUCGGGCCACAGCCUGCAAGACCAACCUGCCCUCUAACACAGCCUUCCGUGGCUUUGGUGUUCCCCAGAGCGUGCUGGUCUUAGAGAACAUGAUUACUGAUGUCGCCAUGGUACUGGGACGUACACCUGAAGAGAUUCGUGAGAUAAACAUGUACAAGGGGGUGUCAACGACCCACUACAAUCAAGAGUUUGACCCCGAGAACCUUGUGCGCUGCUGGGAGGAGUGCAAGGAGAAAUCAGGCUACCAGAGCCGCCGCAACGCCAUUGCCGAGUUCAACCAGGGAAGCCGCUGGAAGAAGAGAGGUGUGGCCAUCGUACCCACCAAGUAUGGCAUAGCUUUCUCUGAGGGCUUCCUCAACCAGGCAGCAGCUUUGGUCCACAUCUACACAGAUGGAUCAGUGCUUGUGAGUCAUGGAGGAAUUGAGAUGGGUCAGGGAAUCCACACCAAGAUGCAGCAGGUAGUGAGCCGUGAGCUGGGAGUCCCCACGUCCCUGAUCUAUAUCACAGAGACCAGCACUACCACCAUCCCCAACGCCUGUCCCGCAGCGGCCUCUUUUGGCACUGAUGCCAACGGCAUGGCAGUGAAGGUACCGUGUGUGUGUGUGUGUGUCUGCGUGUGUGCGCAUAUGCGUAUGUCUGCCGGUCUGUCUGUGUCUGUUUUUUUUUAUUUGUUUUUUGCUACGCAGGAUGCAUGCGAGACUUUGCGCCACAGACUGGAGCCUAUUGUCCAAGCAGACCGAGGUGGCACCUGGGAAAGUUGGAUAAAGAAGGCCUUCUUCCAUAAGAUCAGUCUUUCUGCUACAGGAUUUUACAGGGGUCAUGACCUGUACAUGAACUGGGAGAAGAACGAGGGUCAUCCCUAUGCCUAUUUCACCCACGGGGCCUGCUUCAGUGAGGUGGAGGUUGAUUGCCUGACUGGAGACUACAGGAACAUCAAGACGGAUAUUGUUGUUGACAUUGGGCGAAGUAUUAACCCCUCCAUCGACAUUGGCCAGAUUGAGGGGGCGUUCAUCCAGGGGAUGGGACUUUACACCCUGGAGGAGCUGAAGUUCUCCCCAUCAGGAGUGCUGUACACCCGCGGCCCCUCACAGUAUAAGAUCCCUGCAGUGUGUGACGUUCCUCUCUCAUUCAACGUCUACCUGCUACCAGGAUCCAAAAACCCCAAAGCCAUCUACUCCUCCAAGGGCAUCGGAGAGCCGGCAGUGUCCCUGGGCAGCUCGGUGUUCUUCGCCAUCAAAGACGCGGUGGCGGGCGCGCGCAAGGAGGCGGGGCUGAGCGGGCCCUUCUCUCUGGACAGCCCUGCCACUCCGGAGAGGACCUGCAUGGCCUGUGCCACUCCCUUUACGCAGAUGAUUCCAUCAAGUAAACCUGGAUCCUACCAGCCGUGGGCCAUCAACGUGUGAGAAGUUCCAAAAACAUGAAUCCAUUCAUUAGCUCACUGUGUAGCGAUUCUUCAAACUCCUUGGUGUCAUUGAGGAAUUGCACCAACAGCACUGAUUCCUCGGGUGCUUAUUUUUAUAUCUAGCAGUUGGGUAUUAAAAGAUAGAAGACUGCCUAAAGAAAGCUAACAGUGUUGCUGACACAAUAAUACUGGGUAAAAUAUCAAACCUCAUUUUAAAGAUGUUUUUCUGGAUUUUAGGCACUUGCGCUUUUCGCAUUCGUCAUGGAUGUUCUUUUGCAAAUUGGUAUUGCAACACAUAUGCCAGUGUGAAAAGGUAUCAAAUAUGGCAUUUUUUAAUAUGAAAAAAGAUUACCACCUUAAUCACCUCAAUCAUCUUGAUCUGACUGACUGCAGACAGCUAGUGUGUCCUAAGGACUUUACUGUGUUGAAGAACGUGUGUGCACCAGCAUAAUUUAGAGAGCUGUCAGAAAACUAGAGCUGAGCUAAUUGAUAGUAACAAAACCAUCACCCAGAGUUGUGCUCUCCUGCUUGCAAUAUAACCCAAAGCACACACAGUUUAUCUAAGAAUAGUAGAGGCAUAUAUGAAUAUUUGAAUUCAUAAUCAUUUGAGUAGAGUGUGUUGAGUAAAGAAAUUUAUAUUUGUGGUAUGCAAAUGUGUUAAUAGCUGCUUUUUGCACUAGCCUAAGGGCAUGUAGUCUUAUCUGAGAAGGGCUGGUGUGGGUGCAUGUUUUUUUUUUUAGCCCUAAGACAACUGAUUCCACUUAAUCAAGGUCAUGAUUCAAUCAGUAAUUAAUUAAUUGAUUGAAUCAGGUGUUAUAAUGUUUUUUGUUUUUUUAAAAUUGUAUCCUCACUGGCACUUUGUGGAUAAGACUGGACACCCCUUCACUUGCCAAACAGAGAAUAAAUCUCUCAUUUUAAGCAUACAUGCUAUAAGCUACUUAAGUUUUAAUUAUAUUUUCUUUCAUUCCAAAUUAACUUGGACCUUCGCACUUACUAAACCUGCAGUGUUGGCUUUACGGUGCUCUGUGCACUGACUUUUUAUUUUUAUAUUUGUUUGUCCAGAGUGAAUAUUGUGAUAAUUAUGGUUGUUACACUCCUCAUUUUCAUUUGGAGGGUGUGUCUACCAGUAUCAGGAGUCUUGAUUGAUUGAUUUAAGUGCACCUAACUAGCAUUCCAGAGAAUAACUGAACACGCUGGCUCACACUUUUCUGCUCUUUUCGAGCUUCAGGUUGCACUUGCAAGUUUGUUUUCUGUGUGGGCUUUUUCAGUGUCCAGUGGUUUGUGUUGUAUAGGUUGCAGAGGACUGGUUGCAUCAAUUGCAGCGUGCUUUUCGUAGACAAGAGCAAGAUAUUCAAGUGGAUUUCCAUAUAUAAUGUAUAUCAGGAUAAAAACCAACAUUUACUUAGUUUGCAUCAUACUCUUGAUGUCGUUAGUAUGGUCCCAGGUUAAUCCAGAUUGCAGCAUGCUUUAAACACCAACAGUAUUCUCAAUCUGGGUCCUUGGGACCCCAGUGUUUGCUGGUAUUUGCUACAGCCAAUUUACUGCUUAAUCAAGGUUGUUGAACAUGUUUAAAUUCUUUCAUCAUUUUUUGGCUUGUUAUCGCUUGCAUAGUCAAUGACUUAGUUUCAGUGACCAGAUGUCCACACUUAGAUGUCACCAAUUAGGAGCCUGUUGACUUGCCUUAGUUUUUAAUUAAAUUUGUUUUUUCUUCUGUUUUAAAAUGUUUUAAUCAUGUUUGCAAUGUGGCACAAUGUAAAUUGUGGGCUUUUAUUCUGUAUGCUUAGCUAUUUCUGACAUCAAAUGGUUUAAGAGUGUAAACAGUCCCUCAAAACAUGGAAAACAUGGAACAAAAUCCAGCAUACACAGGGGGUCCCAGGACUGAGUUUGAGAACUACUGAGUUGUCCAAUACGGAUAACUGCUGCUGACUAGGUUUUACAAGAGACGAAGGGUGGUUCGUGUAGUCUUUAUAGCCUACUUCAUCCAUGUCUUUUGUCACGUAUCUGCCACUGGCUAGUUUAUUCAAAGUGUUCACAUUUUAAAAAUUAUCCCACGUCAAAUAUUAAAACCUUUCCAUCUUUUGCUUUUGUUGAGCUGUACCUUUAAAUCUCUGUCAACUCUGAUUAGAAGAAUGGGUGCAAUGGUGGGGAAAGCUGAACUUUGGUACAAGCAGAACAAUGAACUUUGGUACAAGCAGAAGACUUGCUGAGGAUCACUGAUACGGAAAUCUAAUUGCACUUUGCAAUCAAGAUAUUUCAAUUUUAUACGCAGCUAACCCCAUGUUUGUAUGGUACUUUGGUCUUAAUACGCAGCUACUAAAAACUACAGGCACACUGCAAUCGACCCGCUAUGUUUAUUAUUUUUGCACACAUUUUAUUUCUGUUUAUUUUGUAACUAGAUAAAGGCUCAGCUUUUUGUUUCUCGAGCGUUAGCUACAUCCUGUUUUUUUGUUUGCUUUGUUGUAAUGUCUUUUUUUUUCUUUGUGCAAUAAAAUUUUUUUCCUGUUA